AUGGCGACGCCAGUGUGGAUGAUGUUGUCGACGCUGCUGUUGUUGUUGGCAGCCUCGGACAAUGCCGCUGUUCUUGCUGGUCAACCGGAAUGCACCAUCAUCAAGGAUUACGGCUGCUUUGUGGACACACUGAAGCCGCGCACGCUCCCGCAGAAGGCCGACAACGCCUACUCGUACAAAGAAUGUGCCGCAAACUGCUUCAGCCUCGGGUUUACGGGCACUGCCGGUGCAGAGGGCGGAGAGGAGUGCUGGUGCUCAAACGAGAGUGGACCCGUUGGUGGCAGCGCACCCCAAUCCGAGUGUGACAAGACAUGCAGGGACGACAGCACGCAGGAGUGCGGUGGCCUCUCACGUUUGAGCCAGUUCAGCUUCAAGUGCACGUCUGGCCAGAAGUUUUACUCUUGCUCAGGCGGCAAGUGUGUUGAGGACCCCCAGGGUCCCUGGAGUCACCCCAACUGCAACGGCCAAUGCAAGGCACCGCCACCGCCACCAACAACCACGACGACGGCCACCCCAUACACCACCCCACACCCUCGGACAACAGCACAGCCGCUGACCUGCGAAAUUGUGAACGAUUACGGCUGCUUUGUGGACACACUGAAGCCGCGCACGCUCCCGCAGAAGGCCGACAACGCCUACUCGUACAAAGAAUGUGCCGCAAACUGCUUCAGCCUCGGGUUUACGGGCACUGCCGGUGCAGAGGGCGGAGAGGAGUGCUGGUGCUCAAACGAGAGUGGACCCUUCAGCUUCAAGUGCACGUCUGGCCAGAAGUUUUACUCUUGCUCAGGCGGCAAGUGUGUUGAGGACCCCCAGGGUCCCUGGAGUCACCCCAACUGCAACGGCCAAUGCAAGGCACCGCCACCGCCACCAACAACCACGACGACGGCCACCCCAUACACCACCCCACACCCUCGGACAACAGCACAGCCGCUGACCUGCGAAAUUGUGAACGAUUACGGCUGCUUUGUGGACACACUGAAGCCGCGCACGCUCCCGCAGAAGGCCGACAACGCCUACUCGUACCAGGAGUGUGCCGCAAACUGCUACGUGCUCGGGUACAUCGGCACUGCUGGCAUUGAGAACGGCGAGGAGUGUUGGUGCUCAAGUGAGAGCAGCUCUGUUGGUGAUAUUGCACCCCAAUGCCGCAAGUGUGUUGAAGAUCCCCAGGGCCCCUGGAGCGACCCCAACUGCAACGGUGCAUGCACGGUACCAACGCCGUUCCCGCCGCCAAUCACAACCACGACCACUUCGACCACACCACACACUACAACAACAGUCCCGACCAAUACAACCACGACCACUACCACUUCAACAACAGCCACGACGACCGCCCCACACACCCCUACACACGCUCCGACCCCACAGUCCCUGACCUGCGAGAUUGUGAACGAUUACGGCUGCUAUGUGGACACCCUGAAGCCACGCACGCUUCCAUACAAGACCGACAAUGCUUACUCGCUCAAGGAAUGUGCCGCACGCUGCUACGAACUUGGGCAUAUCGGCACUGCCGGCGUUGAGAACGGCGAGGAAUGCUGGUGCUCAGACGCGAGUGGACCCGUUGGUGCUACCGCCCCCAAAUCCAAGUGUGACAAGACAUGCUGGGAUGACAACACGCAGAAGUGUGGUGGCCUGUCUCGCUUGAGCGAGUUCAGUUUCAAGUGCACGUCUGGUCAACAGUUUUACUCUUGUGCAGGCGGCAAGUGCGUCGAGGAUCCCCAGGGUCCCUGGAGUGACUCCAACUGCGGUGGCGCAUGCACGGCACCGCCAUCCCCGCCAUCACCACCCGGCCCAUCGCCGCCUGCUCCCCCUGGUCCAUCACCACCAUCGACAACACCAGAGCCCCUGACCUGCAAAAUUGUGAACGAUUACGGCUGCCACGUGGACACCAAGACACCACGCACUCUUCCGCAGAAGGCUGGGUUUGCAUCCUCCCAUCAGGAGUGUGCUGCAAACUGCUACAGGCUGGGCUUCACGGGCACCGCUGGCGUGGAGAAGGGCGAGCACUGCUGGUGCUCAGACGAAUUCGGUCCUGUCGGUGCAGCUGCUGCCACAUCCGAGUGCGACCGACGCUGCCAAGAUCGUCCCUCCUCCCAGCGCUGUGGUGGCAAUUCUCGCCUGAGCGAAUUCGCUUUCCAGUGCACACCCGGUCGCAAGUUCUACUCAUGCGCAGCCUCUUAUUGCGUGGAGGAUCCCCACGGCCCCUGGAGUGACCCCGACUGCGGUGGCGCAUGCAAGGCACCAUCACCAACACCGCCACCGCCACCAACCACGACGACCACCCCAGUGCCUACCACUCCAUCGCCACCAUCCCCCUCCAUGCACUGCACCAUCCUUAUGGACUUCGGCUGUUUCAAGGAGACGUUCACGCCACGCACCCUCCCCCACUACGCUGGUCCUGUGAAGUCGACUGUUGAGUGCGCGUCUGCCUGCUUUGACUUGAAGUUCAACGGCACUGCCGGUGUCGAGAACGGCACGCAGUGCUGGUGCUCAGACACAUAUGCGCCCCUCGGCCCACCUCUACCUUCAGCAUCCUGCUCCAAGCGGUGCAAAGGUGACCGUGCCCACCACUGCGGCGGGCCUGCCAGCAUCAACGAGUUUGCAUUCAAGUGCUCAUCCAAGCAGUUCCACUACAGCUGCUCUCUUGGGCGGUGCGUGGCCGACCCCACGGGCCCUUUCAUCACCUCAGAUUGCAACGGCAAGUGCAAUGCGGCUGUAGCUGCAGCACCGCUCCGGUCACAGCCACGCUUCACGUGCCGAGGCCGCCAGUGCGUGGAGGAUGCAGACGGCGAGUACGCGUCGUUCAAUUGCGACCACGCAUGCGAUCCAACCUUCCUCGAGACCUGA